AUCCUAGUAUUAUUUUAUAAUUAUUUCUUUAUCACUAUCUUGCCUCGAUAUUAUAAACCCUCCAGAUUUGAAUCAGGAAGUCUCCUCAUUCCUUCCCUUUCUUUAUUUUUUUUCUCUAACUAGCUAUAUUUGUAGCCAACUUGUUCUCCUUCAAAACCUUCCCUUUUGCUUUUGCACUACAUUUUCUGGUUAAAAGUUGAAACCUCUUCAACUCUUUCAUGGUGCUGAAAUCCAUAGCUUGUUGAUAUUGUUCUUUCCCAUAUUACUACAAGUUCUUCUUUUGUUCAAGAGAAAGGAAAAUCAGAUUGCCUUUUUUGUUUGAUGAUGGCUCAAAAGCAUUUGCAUGAGUUACUUCAAGAGGAUCAAGAACCAUUUCUUCUCAAGAACUACAUUGCUGACAGGCGAUGUCAACUCAAGAAUCCUUCACCAAAAACUCAUCUUCAAAUCAAGAAACGAAAGCCCAUCUCUCAAAACUCAAACUUUCCUUCAAAUUUCUGCAAAAAUGCUUGCUUUUUCUCCUUCCAGGACUCACCAGACCCGAGAAAGUCUCCAUUGCUUGAAUUUCCAUCCCCAGCUAAAAGCCCUUGCAAGAGCCCCAAUGCCAUCUUUCUUCACAUCCCAGCAAGAACAGCAGCUCUGCUGCUUGAAGCUGCUCUCAGGAUUCAAAAGCAAUCUUCAUCAAAAACCAAACCCCAGAGCAAAAACAAUGGCCGUAGUUUUAGCUUAUUUGGUUCCAUUCUAAAGAGGCUAACUCACCGUAACAGAAACCGAAAGAAUGAAAUAGCUAAUGAUGGAGCUAAAGUUUCAGUCAAAGACAUUUUAAGGUGGGAUUCAACUGUGGGGAAAAGCAAUCAAAACCAAAAGAAAAUGUCUUCAGCAAUGGAAGAGAAAAGUGGUUGUGAAAUGGGGUUUUCUUCUUCUUAUAAUGGUAGGCCAAGCAGUGCUGUUUGGUCAGAAAGUAAUGAAGAAAAAUCCUUGGAUAGGGAUUUAGAUACUUCCAGUAGUUGUAGUCAAUCCGAGGAUUUUGAAGAGAUUUUCAUGUCCAAAGAUGUUUUAGAAAAUAACGCAGCUUGUGCUUCUUGUGAUAAGCACUUUUGUGAAAGCCCAUUUCACUUUGUGCUUCAAAGAAGCUCUUCUUUUGGUCACCGGACACCCCUCUUCUCUUCCCCGGCAACAUCCCCCAGUCGCGACCAAAAACAGGACAAGGAAAAGUAUGAAGUCGAGAGCUUAAAAAAAUUGCAAGUAAAAGAAGAGGAGGAAGAAAAAGAACAAUGCAGUCCUGUUUCUGUGUUGGACCCUCCAUUCGAGGACGAUGACGAUAGACAUGUGGAUGAUGAUGAGAAUGAUGGUUUCGAUCUUGAAUGCAGCUAUGCAAUUGUACAAAAAGCAAAGCAGCAGCUACUGCAUAAACUUCGUAGAUUUGAGAAACUGGCCGAAUUGGAUCCAAUUGAACUAGAGAAAAGAAUGUUAGAACAAGAGCAAGAUGAUGAUAAUGAUGACAAUGGUAUUUGUGACCUAGAGGAAGAAGAGGAAAUUGAGCACGAGUCAGCUUCAUCAGAUAGUGAAAUGAAUGUCGAUGCCUUCGUCCAAGAAGUGCUUAAAUCAAGCUUCCAUAGUCUAAGACAUUCCCCAGAAGGCAUGAAAAGGCUAGUAUCAGAUCUGGUUGCUGAGGAGGAGACAGAGCAAAACUGCUACAUCGACAGAGAAGUGGUGGUUAGAAUGGUUUGUAAAAGGUUGGAGUCAUGGAAGGAUGUGGAAUCAAACACCAUUGACAUGAUGGUGGAACAAGAUUUCAGAAGGGAACUUGAUGGGUGGAAAAAUAUUCAAGGGCAGAUUAGAGAGACAGCAUUGGAAGUUGAAUAUGCUAUCUUCGGAUUACUGAUGGAAGAAUUGUCAAAAGAACUAGUUGGUUUAACUGGGGCUUGAUGGGGAAAAGUUUUGAAAGCUAAGAUGAUGUUAAAAAUGAAUUUUGGUUCCACUUUCUUUCAUUUUUUUUUUUUGAAUCCACAUUAAUUAGAUGAGUACAGUCUGACUUGCUCUGAAGUGAUAGGCUAAUUAGAAAGAUGUAUCCAGAAAGCAGGAAGGAUCUGGGUUAGAAUAGCAGGGUAUUAUGUAUAUGCAAUCAUGUAUUUAGUGGGUGUAAUGGUGUAUGGAUCCUGGCUUUAAUGAGAUAUGUACAAUUCCUAGCUCUUUAUAUGUUUAUUAA